UUCAGGCGCAGGAAUUUGUAGCCAGCAUGACGUCAGUCAUCCUGCAUAUCAGUCUUAUUUUUUCACAGGGAGCUACGAGUCGAGGAGCGUAAUUCUACACGGAGAUCGCUUUUUGCAUUAUGCAACGGGUGUAAAAGGAUACCAACGACGCUCGCCUAAGUGAGCAGAUGGAAGACACAGAAGGUACAGACGAAUGCUACUGUGCGGGAUGUGGAACGAGAGUCCACGAGCCGUUCCGCAUGAAGGUUUUGCAGGACAUUUGGCACGGCGCCUGCUUCCAGUGCUCUGUGUGCUGUGACCACCUGACUAACUGGUAUUAUGAGAAGGAUGGCAAGUUGUACUGUCGCAAACACUACUGGGAGAGGUUUGGAGAACUGUGUCACGGAUGCGCUCUGCUCAUGACCGGACCCGCAAUGGUGGCUGGAGAACACAAGUAUCACCCUGAGUGCUUUGUGUGUCUCAGCUGCAAGGUGGUGAUUGAGGACCGGGAUACCUACGCUUUAGUGGAGCGCUCUAAACUCUACUGUGGGAAGUGCUACAAGCAGGUGAUCCUCACGCCCAUGCUGGAAAAGCGCACGCAUGAUUCCGUCCUGGACUCCCACCCCCAUACAGUGACGCUCAUCUCAAUGCCCUCCGCGGCCAACGGCAAGAGAGGCUUCUCCGUGUCGGUGCUGCGGGACAACAACGGUUUGGCCAGCGUCCAAGUCAAAGAGGUCAGAGGGAUGCUCAUUAGUCCCGAGGUGCGGAAUGCCAUCCACGUCGGAGACAGGAUCCUUGAGAUUAACGGUGUUUCGGUGGGGGCACUGCUGGAGGAAGAGGUUGGUGACCUCAUUCAUCGCACCAGUCAAACGUUACAGCUGCUUCUCGAGUAUGACCCGGUGAGGCAACGUUUGGAUCGGCUCCGACUGGAAUCGUCCAGGAACGACCUGGGAGUCCCGGCGACCUCCCGCAUGCGCCUGUCCUCGCCACCAAACGCGGUCCUGGAGAGGACUGACGUGGACCACAGCACAUUGAAGAGGAGAUCAUUGAGACGGAGUAACAGCAUAUGCAAAUCUCCCGGGCCGAAUUCCCCCAAUGAGCAUCUUUUCAUUACCCGAGACCUCGGACGCUCUGAGUCUUUGAGGUCGUCCAGUAGCUGCUCUCAUCGCAUCUUCAGGCCAUGCGACCUCAUUCACGGCGAGGUUUUGGGAAAGGGCUUCUUUGGACAAGCCAUCAAGGUGACUCAUAAAGCCACAGGAGAAGUGAUGGUGAUGAAGGAGCUGCUUCGCUGCGAUGAGGAGACCCAGAAAACUUUCCUCAAGGAGGUGAAAGUCAUGCGGAGCUUGGACCAUCCUCAUGUCCUCAAGUUCAUCGGUGUACUGUACAAGGACAAGAGACUCAAUUUGAUUACGGAGUUCAUCGAAGGAGGCACCCUCAAGGACUUCAUCAGAGACACUGAUCCGUUUCCAUGGGAGCAAAGGGUGAGCUUCGCAAAGAGCAUCGCGUCUGGCAUGUCCUACCUUCAUUCUAUGAGCAUCAUCCACCGAGACCUCAACUCUCACAACUGCCUGGUUAAACUGGACAACACUGUGGUCGUCGCUGACUUCGGACUCUCCCGACUUAUCAUAGAAGAGAAAGUGAAGCCGUCACCUGAAAAGAACUCCACCAAGAAGAGGCUGUUCCGCCGUAGUGACCGGAAAAAAAGGUAUACCGUGGUUGGAAAUCCCUACUGGAUGGCCCCGGAGAUGCUUAAUGGUAAACGCUAUGAUGAGAAGGUGGACAUAUUCUCCUAUGGAAUUGUUCUUUGUGAGAUCAUCGGAAAGGUCUACGCAGAUCCAGAAUGUCUCCCCAGAACUCUGGACUUUGGUCUCAAUGUGGGAAAGUUUGUGGAGAAGUUCCUCCCCGAAGACUGUCCACCGGCGUUUUUCCCGCUGGCUGUGGCGUGCUGCGACCUCACACCGGACAACCGUCCUCCUUUCCAAAAGUUGGAGGACUGCUUCAAAGCUCUGUCCCUCAACCAGGAGCUGGGCAUCCCUCUCCCAUCCGAAUUAGACGAACUCCAUCAGAGUCUGAGUCGACUCCACUGGCCCAAAGACAGUUCCUCCCCGGCGCCGAGCCCAGAUGAGCCCCAAUCCCCCAAAGCCGCCCCCUCUGACUGCUCCGGGACGUCAGACAACGGUACUUAGGACUGGCCCUUCUUCUCGAGCCAUGUGUGACCUGCUGCACCAAUAACACGGAACAACGAGAGGAAAAACAUCCCGCCAGGGCGCUCUCAUUUCAGAGUGUGAGUGUGAGAUGUAUUUCUGGUCAACAGUCGUUACUUAUGACACAUGCAUUUAAUGCACGCAGUUCUUGUUCUAAUGUUUACGGCGCAGAAAUGCAAGAAGCAGCUCGAUCGCAGUCUGGUUCCAAACACAAACUCCACCGCAUUUGAUGAGUCAGGUUUUUACAACACUUGGCGUUUCUGCCAUUGUUUAGGAAAUUCAGUGAUCAGUUUGACCAGCAGAGGGAUCCCUCCUUCCACCACUUAUGCAGGCAAGGGGGACGGACCGCUCAUUAAAUUCCAUGCAAGGUUGAUGCUCGAUGUUUGCACUUUUGACAUUUUUGUAGCAGUUUCUCACAUUUUGUUUGCCAAACUGUCACCCAAGUCAUGUUUUCCAUAUACUGUACAUCACCUGCUGCUUUUAGUUUUCAAAAAGGGCUUGUUGAGACACUAUGACCUUAAAAACUGUUUUGUACAGAACUGGAUUGUUAUUUUCGCAUCCAUUUUAGUGUGGAUAUUGUACAUAUGGCUCAAUAUGAGGUCUUUUUUUUUUUUUUUCUUUUUAAUGGAAUCUUUGAUUUUAGACAUUUCAGUUGACUGUUGGUGUUGAUUUAUUAGCUGGGUUAGUAGCGUCAAGGUACUGACAGCUGUUUACCCACUGAUAUAAUAGUUCAGUAUAGUAUUUGUAUUUUUUAGGGACAAAAUAUAACUUUCUUCCCUGACAAUACAAUAUGUCAAUUUAUAUAGCACCUCAACAAACUGACAUUAUUAACUGUUCUCAUACAAUUUCAGUCUUGUAGAAUUUAUUUGGACAGCGCACAUUGUGUUACUAUUUCGAUAGUUUACCUUCUGGAUUACUGUGAUGGUGUUACUUUGUGACAGUCUUUUACGCUUUUUGGAGUAAACAAAAAUGAUGAAGCAUCACUAUUAGUUUAAUGGUGUUGGUCGUUAGUUCUAGUGUUAAAUGUGAUUCUUUGUUGACCACUGACUUGUUUCUGUUUUUAAAGUUGUGUAUUUACAAACCGGAUUCGGUUGAAGUUGGGAUAUUGUGUGAAAUUUAAAUAAAAACAAAAUACAAUGA